GGCGCCAGCUGCACCAACUCUCAGACAGACUGCGAGACAUGUGGCUGAGACUUUCUGAAAGCUUCGCUCCGUUUUUAGCCCAAAACAAUUCCCGGACUGAACGAUUCGUCAGCAUUUUGUAGCGGGAAGUUGGACUCAUAAACCAGUUUACUCGGCGCAGACCAGCUGCAGCAGCACUUAAAGUGGUGAGCAGGACAGGCCGGGGGGACAUGACUGGAGCAGGAAGUGGUGGUCAGGGCCCGCCUGAUGGGGCAGACCCUGAGGAGGCAGAGCGCUGUCCUAUCUGCCUGGGCGUCCUGGCUGGAGGCGAGCUCGCCAUGCCCGACAGCUGCUGUCACGUCUUCUGCCUCAGAUGCCUCCUCACAUGGGCAGAGUUGCAGAUGGCUCCCUCCUGCCCCGUGGACAGAAGACCUUUUACUAAUGUUUACAGAUGGGACGGGAAUCUCAGCUGUGUGCAGGUUCCUGUGAAGAAGCGAGCGACUCAGCCUGAAGCUGAGAGCUGCUGCUGUAGAAACCCCCUUCAGAAAGACUGUCUCAAAAGUAAGCCUGCAAGACGAUUAAGACGGCAAAAGGUGGAGAGGACGGCAGACCCCAAAACAAAAGGACUUGUGAGGAAAUGUAAUGAUGAAGACCCGUCCUCACUGAGCAGAAAAAAGGUGAGAGGAACAGAGUGCUGUGCCUGGUCGCCCUCUCCAUGUGUCUCACUGACGACAACAUCGACUCAGGACAUUGCAGAGCCGGUUUGGGUGGCCGAGGACCUCCCGUACGACAGCAUCUUCAAACAGUGCAGACCCCAGACGCAACAUUGUCCGUGGUUUUCGCCUGCUGCUCCCAUCCCAGCUAACGGCGUCUCAAGGCAUAAUGUCCACCCUGCUGGUUGGAACCACAGUCCAUUUCCAUUCAGAGUUCCCUCAUCUCCCGUCACCUCCACUUCACUGUUCAGCCCCGGUCAUUUUGUGUUUCAGGGUGUUGUGUGCGCCAUCACGUGUCCUAAAGGAGGAGAGAAGCGAGGCGGUCGAGCUUCGACCUCCAAAGCUCCCACCAAAGAGCCCGAGACGCGAGCAGCGAGGAGAUCCGGACGGAACAGUAAAUCCCAGGAGGAGGCUCCCGCGUCCGAUCCGUCACCGCCAAAGUCUCCUUCCUCGGAUUCUGACUCGUCUGCCGGCCAACCCGCCAAGCAGGCCCGAGCUGCUCCGGCGCCGGCUAAGAGAAAAGGCAAACGGGUGACAAACCGAAAGGCCGGUGGGAAACGGAAAGCAGCAGCAAGGAAAAAGAAGACUCCUGAAGUCGUUAGCAGCCCGGCAGCGAGUGAGGAGGAGGAGGAAGAAGAAGAAGAGGCGAAUAAAGAUGACAACAUAGAAAAGGAGGUGGAGGAAGAAGAGGACAAAACUGAGCAGGAGCCGGCUGAAGAGAAUGUAAAUGAAGACCAGGACGACUCGGCUGAUGAGCAAGGAGCUGCUGAAUCUUUGAGCAAAGAUUUUACACACGACAGUGAUGAAUCUCAGGAACAUGAACAUGAACAGAAACCAGACGGAGACAACGACCCGUCUUGUCCCUCAGACUCGGCCCCCUACAGCCCCGGUUCAGACUCGGAGGACAAACAGAGGGAGAACAUGGAAGAGCCAACGAGCCCCGUUUCUCCUGGAGGAAAGGACUCUGAUAACUCAGCGUCGCCCCCCGACUCUCCCAACGCUCCUCUGGAGAACCCGCCGUCUCCACGCUGCGAUGAGCAGGCGGAGCAGGAUGACAACAUGGAGGCGGAGUCAGAAGAGUUGAACAAUGAAGACUCUUUAAAGGAAGUGAAAGCUGAGUCGUGUGAGAAUUCUCCAGAACCGGCUUCACCUUCGGCUGCAGAGUCAGAGGACGAUGCGGCCGCCCCAGAAUCGAACACUUCUGAGGGCGCUGAUUCAAAAACGCUCAGAUCAGAGGAGCCUCCAGUUGAUGACAACUCUGUGGAUCAAACCAAGGAUGACAGUCCAUCCAUGGAUGAUACUAAAGAGGUCCCCAUGGACUGCAGUUCCCCCAACAGCGAGCAUGAUAACGAUCCAGCUUUGGAAACGCCGCAGGAGGUCGCUGACCCGGCGCCCGCAGAACGUCCGCUUUCCACAAGCCAAAAAACGAAGGACGAGAGCAGCAGUGAGCGACCGGAGAGAGAAGGAAGCCAAGAGAGGAAGAAUGGCAGGCAGAGAAGGUCUCGCUUCCACUCCCCAUCCUCUACCUGGUCACCUAAGAGGGAGUCAAAGCGAGAGUCGUCCAGGCACUCCCGCUCCAGAGAACGCGACGGAAGCCCGCCCUCAAGCCGCUCAUCCCGAGCUCGCAGCAGAGAACGAGACAGGGACCGAGACUCCGAGAGGGACCAUCCAAGGAGAGAGCGGAGUCGAGAAAGGAGGCGGAGGAGAUCCAGGAGUCGCUCCAGGUCCAGGUCCAGGUCACGGUCUAGGUCUAGGUCUAGGUCACGAUCCAGAACGAGGUCGUACAGACGGGCGCCGAGUCCUGAACGUCCGUCUUCCCGAGAGCAGUCGCCGCAGAGGAAGGAGCGAAGAGGCGGCUGGAGGUCCGGGCAGAGUAGCGGGUCCGGUGGCGAGGGGCGGCGGAACCAUGGAGGCGCCGGGCGAUCUGAGAACGGCGUCCCCGCAGAGAGUUCUCCCGAGCGCCAGGGCUGGUCGGAGAACCCUGACUGGGUCACGGAGAAGAGUCGCGGCGAAGCUGACGGCAGGAACCGGGACGUGGGCUUCAGCGGUGGCUCGCGCUGGGAAGAGAAUCGCAACAGCGGCGGGAGCAGAGGAGGGCGUGGAGGGUUGGAGCGUGGUCGGGGGGUGGGGAGGGGCGGCGGCGGCAGCAACCGCAGCUUCUACAACCAGUCAGAGGAAUCGUCUGAAAACCGCUGGCAGCCAAGAAACAACUUCUCAGGUACAGGCAACAAUUCAGGAAACGACGCGUACAGCCGCUUCAACGAGAACCGCGGCGGCGGCCGGAGGAACGAGGCGGAGCAGGGAGACUCGAUGCGAGACCGAUCGGGCUGGUCAUCUGCAUCCAGCUGGGCGGUCCGGAGGAAACUACCUGCGGACGUUCAAGAUUAUUACUCGAAGAGGGAGAGAGGAUCGGGAGGCUGGAACCGACAAGAGGAGGAGCAGCCGGCGGCGGCGGCGGCAGGAGCAGAUGCUCCUAAAAGUGAGCCCCCUCCCCAGGCGGUCCCAGGUAACGCCCCCGUGAUGAACGUGAUCCCUCCUCAGUUGAAUGUUCUCCAUCAUCACUACCCGGUGCAGGGCCCGCGAGGAGCCCUGCCCGUCAGCUUACAGCCCGCAGCGCCGUACGGCAUGCCUCCUCAGGUCCCCGUUCACCUCCACCCCGCCGUGCCGCUGCUUCAAGUCCCCGCUGUCGGCACUCAGGGCCUUCCUCCGCCUCCCCCACCUCCUCCGCCCAUGCAGCAAGGCAGCCAGACGGCAGCAGCGCAGCCCGAUGGACUCAUGACACAGAUGGCGAGUACAAUGAUGGCUUACGGGAAACCCGGCCUUCUCCCCACCCCAACCAAAGCCGGCGUUGCCAUGGCGACCCAGGGCCAUCUGGGACAAAGCCAAGUACUACCAUCCUCUACCACUCAGCCAGGCCAGCAUCACAGGGCUCAAGCCGACAGCUCCAAAAAAGAAAAGAAACAACAGAUCCAGGAGAGAGCUAUAAAUGAAGUGAAGACAGCCAUCAAACCCUACUACCAAAGGAAGGAAAUCACCAAGGACGAGUACAAGGAGAUUGUCCGCAAAGCGGUAGAGAAGGUAUGUCACAGCAAGAGUGGAGAGGUGAAUGCCAGUAAAGUAGCCAACCUGGUGAAGGCCUACGUGGACAAAUACAAGCACGCCCGCAAGAAAUGAUGAACCCCCCCCACCACCACCCUGCUGCUGCUGGCAUGCCGAUGCCCUCACAGACUCAUUCAGCUGCUCAAGUGCAAUUUCCUCUAGCUGGAAUUCGGCCCUCCUAACUGGAAGAGGACGGAGAGCCGACGUUUUCUUUUUGAUAUGAAUGAAGAAGAUUUUUUUCUAUAGAUUUUCAUAUUUUGUUAGAAAAAAAAUGACUCAAUCAGAAAUUGAAAUGCAAGAGCCCUUUAUUUUGCAUAGAAUAUGUGACUUGGGAACUACUGUAUGGGGGGAGGGGGGCAAGCGUCGGGCGGGUGGGACUGUUGAUACUUAUGAUGCAACGCUCAGUGUAUGACGACAGCUCAUGUAGUGGAGAGCUUCUUGCAGGGUGCCGGCUGGUACGAUGAAUUUCUCCCAUAUGGCAUUCUGAUCACGUAGCUUAUUGAUUGAAUAUUUGUCAAUUUUCUUUUCUUUUUUUUUAAAUAUAUAAUAUUUCAAAAGAACGCCUAGUUUAAAAAUCAGUGCAUUGCCUUUAUGAACUGUCUGUGGCCCAAUGAAGGUCUAAAAACUGAUGAGUGUGAUUGUAAUCAGAGCCCUGAUUGGUUAAGGAGGUGUUGAGUGGAAUGAUCAAUCAGCAGAGUGUGUUAUGUAAGGCAUAAUGUGGGGGAGGGGAGGGGUGGGGAUCACCUGACAUUGACCACACCCCCUCUGCCUGAAUGUGUAAUAAAUGUCCAUGGGUGAACAUGAACGUUGCAAAGUUUCCAGAGAGUAGUGAAAUAAAUGAGCUGCUUCC